GCGGAACCCCACCCGCCCCGACGCCCGUCCUACCCCGCCCACUGACUUGCCCUGCGCACGCGCGCUGCGGCUACGUGGGGCGGCCGCGGGCCCCGCCCCUAGGUGGGCGGGCCCGGCGCCUCCGCAGCUGGCCAAUCGGCGGAUGGCCCCGCGCUCCCGCCCCUUUUCCCCGCCCCCGGCGCCGGCUCCACGUGCCAGUGUUUGUGUACGUGCCGCCGUUGCUGGGCUGGGCCGGGUUCGGGCUGCUGUGGAUUAGGCUGCCCGGGCGCAGCUGCCAGGGGCUGGCCCGCAAGUCCCAGCGGUCUUUAAAUUCUCCCGUGCUAGGGCGGGACCGCGCACUCUUACCUGCCAGGGUGCGGCGAGUGUCCCACCGCUCUGAACUCCGAAGGACUUUUGUCAUCUGCCGGAGGCGGGAAAUGCUGUUGCUCGAUUGCAACCCGGAGGUGGACGGUCUUAAGCAUUUGCUGGAGAAAGGGGCCUCGGUCAACGCACCCCCGGAUCCCUGCAAGCAGUCGCCUGUCCACUUGGCUGCAGGAGGCGGCCUUGCUUGCUUUCUUCUCUGGCAGCUGCAGACGGGCGCUGACCUCAACCAGCAGGAUGUUUUAGGAGAAGCUCCACUACACAAGGCAGCAAAGGUUGGAAGCCUGGAGUGCCUUAGCCUGCUUGUGGCCAGUGAUGCCCAAAUCAAUUUAUGUAACAAGGAUGGGCAAACAGCUGAAGAUCUUGCUUGGUCAUGUGGAUUUCCAGAAUGUGCCAAGUUUCUUACAACAAUUAAAUGUACGCAGACAAAAAAAUCAAGUGAACACUCUGACAGGGAUGACUGUGCUCCUGUGCUCAGACAGAAACGAAGUUUUGGAAGUGUGGAAAAUAUCAGUGGGAAGAGGAAGUGUUGGUAAGUGACUCCGAGCUGCCGCUCUGUUCCUCCGUGAUCUCUUGCGUGCAUAGCAUUUAUUAUUCUAGUGACAUUGUAAUACUGGUUGUACUUAUAGAGUCUGGAGACCAAAAAUGUGCCUGCGUGGUAGAAGUUUGGGGAUAAAACUCUUUUUUUAAAAAAAGUUUUUAAUGUUAAUACGUUUUUUAAAAACAGAUGUCACGUGGGUUAUGAAGAUGUCUGAAGAAACGCCUUCAUUUCAUGCAGACGUAUGAGCUCCAGCUUUUUGCUUACCAUAUGUGUCUAAACGCCUUCUGAGAAGGAGGAAAUCUUUCUUCCAAGUGAAGAUCCAUUUAAGAACACAUGUAUUUACAUGCCUAUAAUAUGCUGGUUGUGUAUGCUUUGUCUUUUAAGUCAUUAAAGGGAUGUCUGAAAAA